AUGGGCAAAGAGCGACCCCUUCUGGGCGUGACCAAGAAGAAAGUCUCCGAAGACAAGGUCUCUAAGCAUGAGGCCAGGCACAAGAAAUCCAAAUGGCACAAUGUGAAGCCUCAGGAAAGCGACGACGAGAGUUCAAAGGGUUCGAUUGAGGAGGAAGGUGGCGUGUCUCUGUUCCAGUAUGACGGUGAGAACGCUGCCAACAAUGAGACCCUUGCCAAGCAAGAGAAGAAGCAGCGCAAAAGGCUCCGCGAAGAGGCACUCAAGCGGCUGAUGGAAAACGAGCUGGGUCCCUCGCCAACUGCGUUUCGUCUUCAUACAGAGACUGGCGCGGAGCGAAGGAGCGAGAACAAGCAUGCCAAGCGGUCGCAACAAUCACAGCGAACUAGAAAACCUGAGGAGGCAGGAGUCCAUCUGACAGAAGUCCACGAGUCGUCAGAUUGUGAAGAAAUAUUUAUGAUUGAUGUCAACCCCUCGCCGGCCAACCGGGACAAACUGCGUGCAGAGUCUGAGGACGAGGACAUGGAAGACGGAGGUGCCCUCUUGCCAGGAUACACCGCACCACCCUCGGGAAGUAAUAGAGCGGUGAGGCGCCGCGCAAACUUGAUCGACAAGGAGAAAGCAAGAAUCCGAAAGGAACUCGGUGUGAAGGAGGGCUCUGAUGAGAAGGCGAAAGAGGUGCAGCAGCUUCUCAAUAACUUUAUCGAGACGUUUGAUGCGAAGACCGGCCAGCGGGAGGCGAAGAAGAAAGAGCGUAAGAUGAAGGAAUCCGCGCGUCUUCGCACUUUGAGAGGCAAAGCUUCCGAGCGGCCGUUCUUGAAGGGCUUCGGCGACGUGAAUGAAGUUUGCGGGGUCAUUAGUCCUCCGGCUGUCUUGGGAGGUGAGAAGCUGUAUGGGGUUCAGAGGCGAAGAGCCACAUAUUACUCAUGGCUUGAUAUCGAAGUCCUUGAGAAGUCAGACAUGCUGUGGGCUGCGGUUUUAUUGGAAGCGGUGGUAAUAUCGAACCCCGUGGAAGCGGCGCUGUCAUUCCACAUGUUUUGGAACAUUGAGACGAGCUUAACGCUCGUGCCAUGCGCACCCAAGGUCACCUGGAAAGUCUACCAGUAG